AUGUUGCGCAAGUUAUAUGAUGAAGAAGACAUUAAGGAGGAAGAGGAAAUUGAAGAAGAGGAUGAAGAAGAUUCUUGUCCCAUUUAUGGCACCGAUGGAGAAGGGGAAUUUUGUGACAGAAUAAAUUUCUUGUUUGAAGAGGAAUUUAUUGAAAAAAUCACUUUCAUGGUUGGAGAUGAAAUUAUUGAAGACUCUAGCCCUAUCUACGAUAUUUAUGGGGAGGAGGAUCAUGAAGAAAUUGAAGAAGAAAUAAAUUUUGUGCUUGGAAACGAAAUUGAUGAACAACUUUUGAAAGAAAACGAUUUUGUUGUUACAAACAAAAUUGUUGAAGAAAAGGUUGAAGAAUCCAAAGAGGUGGAGCAAGUUCUUGACCACGAAGAUGUGGUUGUGGUUAAGAAGGAUGAUGAUACUCGUCUUAUAACAAACCGUCUUCCUAAGAACCUAGAAGAAGGAGUGACCCAUCAAGUUCCAAGUUCCAAGCAAUUACGAGGGAGGGAGUUCAUAAUGCUUGGAUUCUUAUUCUUGUGGUGUACCUUUAGUUGGGAAGCCAUGUUAUUGGAACAUGUUGUUCAUCAACCCACAAGUACAAACGAUGAUCUAAUAUUUUAUAUGUGUGGAAGUGACAAAUUUUGA